UGGGAUAAAGCACCAUAUCAGAGAUAACAUCAGUUGAGAUUCCUUCUGUAGUGAUUCAUUUCGUUACUUGUAAGUGUGUUACGCACAUAGACGCUAAGACACAAACAAAUAAUGACUCUGGAAGAAGAAGACAAUGGAGUUUCAGAACCGACCGACCAGAUGAUAGAGGACGAAAACUCUGGCAUAAUGGUGAAAGAUAAAUUUUACAUGACAUACAUACUCUUUUAUAGUUUGGGUACCGCGACACUAAUUCCUGCAAAUUUCUUCACAACAGCAACUGAUUACUGGAUGUACAAAUUUCGAGAUCUUAAUGGCGUAGAUUUGAACAUAAGUGAUACCAACAGCCUAAAUCGUACCAGAAUGCAAGCAGAAUUCGUUUCGGACUACUCCAUCGUGUCGAACGUGAGCAACUUGUUUUUUUUGGUAAUCACGAUCGCUUUCUUGAGGAAGUUAAGCAUGAUUAAACGAACAAUUGGGGCUCUGUGUGGUGCGAUAGUCAUGUUUGCUAUCACCUGUCUUUUCGUACAGGUGGACACGGAUACUUGGCAACUUACUUUCUUCAUCAUAACACUCAUAAUAGGAUUUCUUCUAACUGGAUUCUGUGCCGUUUUUAUGGUCACCCUCUUCGAAAUGAUUGCUCGAUUUCCAGCUCGAUAUUUGGCGGCAAUUCUUUCUGGUCAUUCGAUCUGUGGUAUUUUUGCCGCUUUGACACAAAUCUUCGCUCUUAGUAUCGGCGCGAGUUCGACGACUACUGGUUUAACUUAUUUUUCCAUUGGAAUGUUCUUUAUUUUUUUGACGCUAAUUGGGUUUCUUAUGACCCUUCAUAAGUCUCAAUUUUUUAAAUACAAUCUCACCAAGGAGAUCGAACAAACCGUGCAGCCGAAAAUAACGAAAGAAUUGUUUUUAACGGUUCUGAACAAGCUGAAGUACUAUCUGACAUCGAUGAUUAUUGUUUUGGGAUGCUCGAUUAUGAUACACCCAGGAGUCACUUCGUUGGUCGUGUCGAUUGAUAAAGGACACGGUAAUCAAUGGAAUGAUGUAUAUUUCGUACCAGUGACGACGUUCCUGUUGUACUAUAUUUUUGAUUAUGCGGGGCGAGAGUUCGCAGGAGCACUAAGAAAGCCAACCAAUGGGCUUAUAAUCUUCAUUGCAAGCAUCUGUCGAAUCGCAUUAGUUCCAAUGCUGAUGCUUUGCAAUGCUCAACCACGAACACAUUUACCAGUAGUUUUCGACCAAGAUUAUGCCUACGUUAUUUUUAUAAUAAUUUUUUCUUUUACAAAUGGAUAUUUAGUCAAUCUUUGCGUCAUACAUGUUCCUUCGGUGACUAAAGACGAGGAAAAGAAACUCUCUAUGGUGCUCAUCUUGGUGUUUAUGCUUGUAAGCUUAGGCGCUUGUUCUUUCUUAAGUGCUGCUAUGGUUAAAGCACUUUGAGACUUGUAAGACAAGAAUGUUACUUAAGUUAUUGUUGUAUUAUUAUUGUAUACAAUAAGAGGGGAAAGUUGUCCAUUGUUCUCUAAGAGAGUCGCUUUGUUAGAAUACUUAGUACCACCAAGCAGAUAAUUAAUAGUGCCUAACAAAAAAAAUAAAACACUAAUUUUAA